AUGGCACUAGCAUUAUCUACGAACGGGGCAUCGGCCCUGGUUUCUACCACACCAACUCCUCUUGCCCACCUCUCUCCGUCUCUCGACCGUCUUAAGGAACGACAUAUCCGUGCUGUUGUGAUACUGCUAUGGCCGUAUUCAUCCUACACGAAGCAAUUUAGCCUGCUCAUUUCUGAGCCAGAUUUUAGACUCAGAGACAGAAAGGGCCAGGUCAGAGUCAGCUUCCACGGUGCGAGUGCAGAAGCAGUGGCAAAGUCACAAGUUAGUAUUGGGGAUACUGUGGUUUUGAGUCUUGACGGCGCGCGGUGGCAGAAUCAGGACGCAGAUAUUAGUACACCGGGAAAAAGCAUUGAUUGGGAUCUCUCAUUUUCUAAGCGUCUGCUGCUUGAGGUAUAUCGCGAUUCCGAGCUGUUGACAACUGUCGAAGUUGAACCUCCUCAGGUCGAACGUCUGUGUAUCGAUGGCACAGUACCAACGACUCCCAACCGAUUAUCUUCGACCCCACAGGCGCAAAGGAACGGAGAACAUGCUGGCCUAGUUACAGACAAUUGGGCUUCACCUGCAUUCUCGCAAAAGUUCAGCGGCUCCUUUGGCUCCCUCUCCAGCUUAGCGUUCAAUCCCCUUGAGGAAGAAGAUGGGUACAUCUGGGGUAGGGGCAGGAAACGGACAAAAUUCAGUAGACCGAGUAGUGAAUGGACUUUCGUGGAUACACCGCCUAGUCCACCGCCAGCUGCUGCGGAUGCAUGGGAAGAUGAAGACCUUGAAUUGGACGACGGGGAACAAGAAGAUGUUACACUGGAAGAAUAUCCCUCCCAAGGCGACACCGUUCCUAAUUCCCAAACAACCGUUCACGCAGAUUCUAAAAGCCAAGACAACGGGAGAUUACUGGAAACUCAAACUAUAGACAACUUUACUCCACCCACCGCAUUAAAUAUUUCGAGUACAUUCAGUACCACUUUUGACCAUUCUCUGCCCGACGGCUCUGCUCACAUAUUUACCCAGAACUCGAACUGGGAUACUACGCAUUCACAGCAACCGACCGUCACACCUUUCACUUCGUUUGGGAACUCGUUUGUGCAAGACCAGCCAAUAGUUGACCAUGAAGCUACUGCUAAACCCCCGCCCCUAACAUUAUCUCCCCUAACUUCGGCCACCUCUUCUCCUGAAAUUUUAGAAGGUACAAGUCAUGAGGCCGCGCCAUCUAGCAGCCCUAUAUCGACCCAGCUUCAUGUACAUGAUACUACCGCUUCCCAAUUGGUUACAACACAACAUGGCAUAGCGGGUCAAACCAGCGAGGAAGUGGGAUCUCAAGAUGAGGCUAUGGUAAAUGGGCCGGAAGGCGUGCAUCAUCUGCUUGACCAUCGUGCCGAUAAUAACGCUAGACCCUCACCUCCAACGCCAGUCGUUGAUCUUGAUAGCCAAGGGAGCUUUGAUCAGGAAGCCACAGAGCCUGAUCAUGUGGCGCCCGUGACUAGUGUGGAGGAACGCGAGGCAGAUUUGACGGAGUUAGAGGAAGCUGAACGGCAAGCUGCCCUGGUAAUGUCACAGGGCCUAUCCGGACAGGGAUACGAUGUAGACAAGGAGAUGACUGAUCAGGAUGGUGAAGGCGAAGAAGAAAUUGAGGAAUAUGUGGAAGGAACUGCGCGAGAGCCACUUGAAGAAGGUCGUGAGGAACUUAUGGAGGAAAAAUUUGAAAAAAUAUUCGAACAGAGAGUAAGCCGGAAACCGACUGAAGAUUUGGAGGAAGAGUUGGUGGAGUUGCAGGAAGAACUGGAAGAACGAAUGGAGGAAGAGAGGUUGGGAGAGGGAGAGCACGAAGAAGGAGAGGAGGAGGGAGAGGACAUGGAAAUAUACUCCGACGAUGAAAUAGGACAUAGCGUCUCUGAAAACUCAUCUGAACUCGAAUCUGAAGAGGAAUAUGAUGAAGGUUCAGAGCUAGAGUCGGAGCUAGGGCCAGACGAAGACACGUUACCACCGAGACCGACUUAUCUCGCUGUCCCCCGUGCUCCGCCAGAAAUAAUCGUUUUGGACAGUGAUGACGACGAGGGCGCCCCUGUUGUGACCUUUGCUCCGCAACACGUGGAAAUUCCUAGCUCUGAUGUGCCACGGCAGCCAAGUGAUACUGAACUGUCCAACUCGCCACCACAAGACUUAACCACUAUUAGCUUCAAACCUCAUGGUGAAUUUGGUGCGGAUACGCGUCAAGAAACUGGAGAAUCUACGGCUGUUACAAACUUACUCGGUGGGGAUAUUGUUCCCCCAAAUCUUGAGCCUAGCGCUAGCUUCGAUGAGACUCCCCAGCAAGAAACGAUAGGCUAUAUGGCGCAAGCAGCGCUUCAUAUCGAAGCGGAACCUGCCGCGACCGAUCACGAGGGCGAAGAUACUAGCGAGAAAUCGGGAGACUUGAAUGGAUUCCGCCAUGCAAGCCCUUCUUUCUCGUCAGGUUCCAUGUCUGAUAGGGAACUGGAAGCUAAGCUCCAUUUGUCCGAUAAUAUCGCUAUUGAUCCUCAACUAUAUCAACCUAAGAAACAGAAAAGCCCAAGCACGCGUCCCAAGACUCCAGGUAGCGUAGAUCACGGACCAUCGCAUGAGGGAGCGUUUGAUAUCAACGGUUGGAAAGAACGCAGAGUUUCGUUGUCACCAGAUGCGAAAGAUCCGUCUGAAACACGGAUAGAAACCCCCCAAUCUGCUGAUAUUCCUUCCUCGCCGCCGUCGUUAGAAGCUCGCUUAGCAGAAGAUGAACUGGUUACUUCUCAACUUUUCCGUGAUAUGGAGGAGCAAUCGCGCAGAGAGAACCUCCAAACGCCCGAGUUCGUUGAUGAGCAGCCCCUACCCAUUCCCCAGCCUCCUAAGAAUGAAGAAGCAGAAAACGCUAGCGUCGAUGUUGCCGUUAAGGCGGAUAUCGAUAUGCGAAAGGGGAAGUCCGUGGACCAUGCCGAUGCCAUAAAAACCGCUGAGCUCGAGUCACCUACCGUGUUGCAACCAAAUACCAAUGCCAGAGGCCUUCGUAGCCGCCUGUCAUAUUUCUUUCCUUUGUCCACCCUUGCGGAUAAUUUCAACAAGAUGACAGAUACUAUAUCCGUGGUUAUCUCAUGUUCAAAAAUCUCACGAUCGAGGAAAGGUCCCCGGGAAUAUCAUACAACACUGCAUAUCACAGAACCUUCCAUGUCCGGCAUAACUGUGUGUGCUCAAAUGUUCCGAAAAACAAAAUCAUCGCUCCCCACUGCAGAAAAGGGAGACGUGAUCCUUCUCCGCGACUUCAAAGUUCAAAGCAUGGACCACAAAAUGAUGCUAAUCAGUAUGACGACUAGCUCGUGGGCUGUAUUCCCCGGGGGAAACGAUACUGACGUCCAGAUGAAUGGGCCUCCCGUUGAAUUUGGCAUCGAGGAGCAAGAGUACGUCGCCUCUCUCCGGCAAUGGUAUGAGGAGGAGGGGGAGCAGCUCGCGAAGAAACACGAAUACUUGGCACUGGCACGCGGCAGCACCGAAUCAAGCAGCUCCAUCUCCACUUCAACUAGUGGCAGCCCCAGCAGUAGCAGGGGUAACAUUUUCAAGAAAUAUGCGCGACCGAAGAGGUCCAGACAUCGCCAGAUUACCAUUCAUGAAUUGCGGGACGGGCGGCGGUAUGCAGAGGUUGGCGUGUCUGCGGAUAAGGAGACGAUACAUGAACUAAGGGAUGGGACUGUUUAUGCCAAUUUGUCAUAA